CUAUCAGCUAGAGUGGCCUUGUCGCGCGCGCGCGCGGCGCGCUCACGUGCAGGCGGUUGAGCUCCGGGGAGCAUCGGGGAGCGCGCAGACACACCGGGGCUGUCUGUCCACCCUGUCUGGCUGCUGAGGGGUAUUGUUACCCUUCGCCUCGGUCUGGCCAGGCGGGUGGUAGCCCGGUUCUUGUGCGCAGGCGUCCCCUGUGUCCUGACGCCCGGCUGUCUGUGCGGGGUGGGGCAGGCACUGGCGCCCUGCAGGUCUCCCGCUGGAGAUGGAGCCUCUCGGGAUGUUGUGGGAACCCGCUCCGGAUCUGCAUCCUGGCGGGAUGAGCCGGGGAGCAGCUGCCCUGCGGGAUGGAGGACAAUGGAUUUUCCUGGUCACUUUGAGCAGAUCUUUCAGCAGCUGAACUACCAGAGACUUCACGGGCAGCUCUGUGACUGUGUCAUUGUGGUGGGGAACAGGCAUUUCAAAGCCCACCGCUCGGUGCUGGCAGCAUGCAGCACGCACUUCCGAGCACUGUUCUCCGUGGCAGAAGGAGAUCAAACCAUGAACAUGAUCCAGCUGGAUAGUGAGGUGGUGACAGCCGAGGCCUUUGCCGCCCUCAUCGACAUGAUGUACACCUCCACCCUCAUGCUGGGGGAGAGCAACGUUAUGGAUGUCUUAUUGGCAGCCUCUCACCUGCACCUGAACUCUGUGGUUAAGGCAUGCAAGCAUUACCUGACCACAAGGACACUCCCCAUGUCUCCCUCUAGUGAGCGCGUGCAGGAGCAGAGUGCCCGCAUGCAGCGCUCCUUCAUGCUGCAGCAGCUGGGACUGAGCAUCGUGAGCUCAGCUCUCAGUUCCAGCCAGAGUGGCGAGGAGCCGUCAGCCCCCCUGAGCUCGUCCCUGCGCAGCAACCUGGACCAGCGCACACCCUUCCCCAUGAGGCGCCUCCACAAGCGCAAGCAGUCCGUAGAGGAGCGGGCCCGCCAGCGCCUCAGAUCCUCCAUGGAGGAAUCUGCCAUUUCAGAUGUUACUCCAGAGAGUGGGCCUUCAGGAGUUCAUUCCCGUGAGGAAUUCUUCUCACCGGAUUCUCUGAAAAUUGUGGAUAAUCCUAAACCCGAUGGGAUGGCCGACAACCAGGAAGACGGGGCUAUGAUGUUUGAUCGGCCUUUUGGUGCUCAAGAAGAUGCCCAAGUGCCCAGCCAGUCAGAUGGCAGUGCUGGCAACAUGGCCUCUCGUGCAACUCAGGUUGAAACUAGUUAUGAACAAGAAGCUGUAGCUGAGAAAGGCAGUUUCCAGUGUGAAAACGCUGAGGUUGGCCUUGGGGAGAAAGAACACAUGAGAGUAGUGGUGAAGUCGGAGCCCCUGAGCUCCCCCGAGCCGCAGGACGAGGUGAGCGACGUGACUUCCCAAGCAGAGGGCAGUGAGUCUGUGGAGGUGGAAGGGGUGGUGGUCAGUGCUGAGAAGAUAGGCCUCAGCCCUGAAAGCAGUGACCGGAGCUUCUCAGAUCCCCAGUCCAGCACCGACAGGGUCGGGGACAUCCACAUCCUGGAAGUCACAAAUGAUCUACAACAUAAGACCUCUUUUAGUAUUUCCAAUUUCCUCACCAAGAGCAGAGGCAGUAACUUCAGUGCGAGUCAGAGCACUGAUGACAACCUCCCAAACACCACCAGUGACUGUAGGCUGGAGGGCGAGGCCCCUUACCUGUUGAGUCCAGAGGCUGGGCCAGCUGGUGGGCCUUCCUCCGCCCCUGGUUCCCAUGUAGAGAACCCGUUCAGUGAGCCUGCAGACUCGCACUUCGCCAGACCUAUGCAGGAGGUGAUGGGCCUGCCGUGUGUGCAGACCUCAGGCUACCAAGGAGAGCAAUUUGGGAUGGAUUUUCCCAGGUCUGGCUUGGGUCUCCACUCUUCCUUCUCCAGGGCAAUGAUGGGUUCCCCAAGAGGAGGAGCCAGUAACUUCCCAUACUACCGACGAAUAGCUCCAAAAAUGCCAGUGGUAACUUCUGUCAGGAGCUCGCAGAUCUCUGAGAACUCAGCCAGUUCCCAGCUAAUGAUGAACGGGGCCACCUCAUUUGAAAAUGGCCACUCUUCCCAGCCUGGCCCUCCGCAGUUGACCAGGGCAUCUGCUGAUGUCUUGUCAAAGUGCAAGAAGGCCUUAUCGGAGCACAAUGUCUUGGUUGUGGAGGGAGCUCGAAAGUAUGCCUGCAAAAUCUGCUGUAAAACCUUCCUGACCCUGACGGACUGCAAGAAGCAUAUCCGGGUCCACACAGGAGAAAAGCCGUACGCCUGCCUCAAGUGUGGCAAAAGGUUCAGCCAGUCCAGCCACCUGUAUAAACACUCGAAGACGACCUGCCUGCGGUGGCAGAGCAGCAACCUCCCCAGCACCCUGCUCUAAUCCCCCUGCGAGACAGCACACAGGCCAGUUCUGCACUGAAAGUAAAAUUGCUGUUGGCAGGCAGCCAUUGCUACUGGACUCAGUCUCGCUGUCCAGUGGCUCUCAUGAAUUCCAGCCAGGAGUAAGCAGAGGACUGUUAGGUGUAGCCCUUACCCUGCGCAUUUCUUAGGGUGGAGGAAUGCAGUCAUAAAGUAGGUUGUCAUUGUUGUUUAGAGUAUCGCAUUUAAAGAUGGAAGCGCAGAAAACAUUUUAACACUUUUAAAGCUCUGUGAAGCAUUUAAUUAAAUUUCCUGUAGCCUGGGAUGGGAGUAUUCUAUCCCUGUGCAGCAAUGCAAAACAUACUUCUGUGUAACCAGGUGACUUGGUGCUAUCUGAAAAAAAGGCCUGGAGGACAAGCCUGUCUGCCACAGAUGGUUACAGUGUAUCCUGAGCUGGUCCCAGGCUCAGGAAGUACUGUGGUGUAUUUUUAUCUGAGUUGCAGUCACAGGCGCUGCCCUUUGAUGGUGCUCACAUUGGGUCCAGGGAAUACACCCUUGGACCAACAGGUAUAUAGACUUUUGAAUACAUCUCUACAGCAUAAGUGUUUUGGUAACUUUCCUGUUUGUUUUAAGAACUACAGUCGUAAUGGCGUGUGUACUUGUAGGAGUGACAGUGGGGUGCUUCUGUCUGUGCAGUGUUAGCAGGGUUUUAACCAAUGUAUAUUUCUGAUGCUGUUUUGUUUGAUGUAAGUGGGUAAGUAGUGUCCGUCUUUAUUCUGGUGAUAUGGAGUCCUGUGUGUGGGUUCUCACGGUGUAUUUGCCUUCACUCCAUCUGGAUGCUCAAGGCCACCCAACGUCAGCUGCUCUUGACCAUGUCACUUCUCACUCCCAAGCCCCGUAGAACACCUCUCCUGGGUGUAACCAGGCGCUGCCGCUGUGGUUUUGUUCCUCUUCUGUGCUAGGCUCUCAAAGCUACACCUCAUCUUUCAGAGGUGUCGCUCCUUUAACUCAGCGUGGAGUCAAACUUAAAUGUAGUGGUGUUCAUGUCUCAGUUCUGGCAGCCUACAGCAUAGAAUUCACCAAAAAUAUACAAGAUUCCUGGAGUGGCAUUCAAUUCUCUGUCCUCUACCUUGCUCUCCCCUGACAACCGUGCUGUCAGGGCUGCUGCAUCCUGAUGUGCACCCAGGAGAAUAGCACAGGUUCAUGCAUAUCUGUAAGCUCAAGCUGAACAAGAAUUUUCUUCAUACUUUUUUCAGAGAUACCAAACCAUUGUAUACAAUUCAGAGAAAUUCAUUGACUUUAGAGAGCCACAUUAUUUCUGUUUAUCCUAAAACAAAAAUGAGCAUGUGUCUUCUCUUAACCUGGUGUGACCAUGAAUCUGUGGCUUGACCUGUAAUGCUCUGAGGGCAUGGCACCUGAACAUCGCGAUUCCCAGGGAAGAAAGCCCGGAUGGAACGCUGGACUCCUGCUGAGCAGCGUGGGAAGGAGACCGCUGAAGGCAAGGGGUCACUUGAGAAAUUGCUGUGUGGCUUAUUGUCAGCAGUCCUGUUGAGACACCGUGGGUGUGGGUCUCCACCUACCUUCAUAGGGAUCAGUGGGAGUCAGGUGGGUCAGCAUGGAGAACCAGCGCUACCCUGCUGGGCGAGGAGCCAAUGCCACAGGCAUAGAGUAGCAGCUGUCCUUCCUGUCUUAAGGAUGUGGUGCUUCAAGUCUGCCCCUUACCUCGGCUUCCAGACAAGUGGACUUUGCUCUGGGGCCCGUCACUGGCACUCGAUGGGGCCUGCCUCUCUGCUGCUGGGUGGACCUGGAAUCUCAUCUACCUCGUAGUCAGUCUCUACGUGUGAGAAGCAAGCUUGAGGCCAGCGUCCUCCGACAUGCUGUAGCACUUAAAGAUUCCCAAGGGUCCCUGGGAAACUAGCCCAGGGCUGCUGCGACCUGGAGUUUCACUGGGAUUCUAACUGGGACUGGGGACCUGACUUGAUUUUUAGCCUUAAUUAUAGCCCGGCAUAAUCAUGUACAAUCUUCUGGAGGUGGCAUCAAGUGCAGAGGCACCCUGUCGGGUGCUAAUGCUGGUCGAAACAGAUUUUAAGAUUAAAAAUUUGUCAUAUUCAUGCCUCUAAA